AUGUUCCCAAGAAAUGUUUUUGGUGCUUUGACACGACGACGACUGGCAACACUCUCCAAUACACUUCCAAAUGCUAAUUCCAGCCCAACUGCCAUCCUAUUCAUGAACAUGGGAGGACCGCACAAUCUCGAUGAAGUCGGCCCAUUUCUCACAAGGCUCUUCUCCGAUCCUGAUCUGAUUCCCAUUCCAUUCCAAUCCUAUCUCGCUCCAUGGAUUGCUAGAAGGCGAGUUCCCAAAAUACGAGACCAGUAUGCUGAAAUCGGUGGCGGAUCCCCCAUCAAGAUGUGGACGGAACGACAAGGAGAAUUGGUUACGAAAGCGCUGGAUGUGAUAUCACCUGCAACUGGUCCGCAUAAGCCAUAUAUAGCAUUCAGAUAUGCACCACCACUGACUGAAGAUACCGUAAAACAAAUGAAGGCCGAUGGGAUUCAACGGGCUGUAGCGUUUUCUCUAUACCCACAAUAUUCAUGCUCGACUACAGGAAGUAGUUUAAAUGAAUUAAAAAAACACUUGGAUGUGCUUGAUCCUGAAAAGAGUAUACGAUGGAGUGUAUUGGAUCGAUGGGCUACUCAUCCUGGCCUAGUGAAUACAUUCGUCAAGCACGUACAAGACAAACUAUUAGAGUAUCCUGAGAAUGAACGCGAUGAUGUUGUCGUGCUCUUUUCUGCACAUUCGUUACCGAUGUCUGUUGUGAAUCGUGGAGAUCCAUAUCCAAUGGAAGUAGCAUCCACAGUGCAACAAGUGAUGCAGAAAGUGGGUCCCAAGAACCCAUACCGACUUGUAUGGCAAUCACAAGUCGGACCUGCUCCAUGGCUAGGAGCUCAAACAGGCCAAGUGAUUGAAGGGUAUGGCAAACAAGGAAAGAAGAACCUGCUAUUGGUCCCUAUCGCUUUUGUAUCGGAUCACAUUGAGACUCUUUUUGAAUUGGAUAUCGAGUAUAAGCAUAUCGCCACGGAGAAUGGAGUUACUGGAUUCAAACGAGCCGAAUCUCUGAAUGCAGCUCCAUUAUUUAUUGAUGCUAUGGCCGAUCUAAUCAAGACCCAUAUUGACUCUAAUCUGCCGGUAUCUGCUCAGCUAAAGUUGAGGUGUCCCAUGUGCACCAGUCCACGAUGUGGAGCGACAAAAGCCUUUUUCGCAUCUCAGCCAUUAAACAUUUAA